GUUGUUGUCAACACAGGUUGCCUGUUUCCCUCCGCUGCCUGCUGUCCGCCAUCUGGUCUUUCAACCCCAUCCAGUUUCUUUUUCAGGGUGCGUUCAUCGCAUUAGAUAGUUCAGACCAUCAUCAUCAUGCGUCUCAUCCAGGUCCUCGCCCUUGCCCCCGCGCUCGCUUUGGCACAAGAACAAGUUCCCCUUGCGGACCGUUUCCAGGGUUGGCUCGACAGGGCCAAGGCUUAUCUGCCAACUGCUACCCCGGUUGUGCCUGCCACUGUUGAGGAAGUCCAGAAGGUGGUUGAGCAGAAGAAGAUCCAGGCGAAGCCCGUCACGCAGUUGAACCUGACCAACUGGGAGUCGAUUCUGGAGCCAGCCUCUGAUCCUCAGGACUGGUUCGUCUUCGUCACCGGUGGUAACAAGACCUGCUUCGGGCGCUGUGAUCAAGCGGAUAAGUCAUUCAACGAAUCCGUUCUUCUGUUCUCCGCCGAUCCCACCUCCCCUCACCUUGCUCGGUUGGACUGUGAGGCAAACCAGGUUCUCUGCGCUGCUUGGUCCGCAAGCGCUCCCUCGGUCUGGCACUUCGAGGUCCCCCAGGCCCAGCUGGGUGAGGGACGCGCUCCCACUACUCUUCACACCGCGCACCUGAAUACGACCACCGUUACCCCCGAGACGAUCUACAAGCUCCAUUCCGAGAAGCAUUUCGAGCAGACCCCGGCCUACGUGGGUCUCCUGCACCCUACCGACGGUUUCUUCGCUAAGAACGGGCUUCUCCUUCCUCUCGGCUAUGUCAUGUGGGGUUUCGGUUCUAUCCCGAGCUGGCUCUUCAUGCUCUUCAUCAGCUUCUUCAGCCGAACCUUCAUGGGCCGCCGUGUCAACCCUGGACCUGCUGCCCGUCCCAACUAGGCAUCGCUGUUCAUGAGAUAACGAUGGUGGCACUUGAAUUUUUUCGUGGAUAGGGAUGUAUAUAUAAUGAAAUAGCAGUACACCGGUCGAGCCAAUUGGAGUAUGUCGAGUUUUGGCUUAGGUCCUAAACUUCAGUAGAGAGAAAUG